AUGCUCGAAGAAGCUAUGGGUCAUAUCAAUCAGAGCUUUGCCAAUUCAAAUGAAAAGACCGCUUUAGAUAGAUUGGCAGGACUUAAACCUCGCCGUGACCCUCCUUCUUUCGAUUUCACUGGAUCAGACGGCCAUAUCCUGAGAGUUAAGGUUUUAUCUCUGGACCAACGAGGGCCAGGGAAAGAAAGUGAUGACCAUGGGCCCCAAACAUUUACUGUUUUAGAAAAAACCAACCAUAUAAACGGUUAUCCUUGUGUUAAGACCAAUGAGGGUGAUCUGGUCUUCGUUUAUGACUCUACUGUCACUUCUGCAGAAACAAUUUACCAAGGCCAUGGAAAUUUUGUGGAUCCACAGCUGUCAGCGCAAGGCGUGAGUCGAGUUACCAAGAAGAAUUUAUUAGAGCAUGUUCCUCGUCCUAUGAAUGCUUUUAUAAUCUAUCGCAACACAGAGAUGAAGGCUGUUCGCCAGAAAUACCCGGGGAUUGGGAACAACGAUGUUUCGCGGAUUGUCGGGCAACGGUGGCGAGAGCUUGACCCUAAGAUUAGAGAGCAUUACAAGGAUUUGGCCGCAAAAUCUGCACGAGAGCACCACGUAAAGCACCCUGGGUAUAAGUAUACACCUCGGAAACCUGAAGAUGUUGUUCGCCGCCGCAAGAGGUCAGCUAUGGUUGGUGAUAAUACUGAGCAUAUCCGUAACCCAGCUAUUCAUCGCAGCAGUAGUCUGGCGAUUCCAUCUCCUCCUCCACAUCCACCUCCACCACCACACCCAACAAUUCAACACCAAAGCCAAGGGUACCUCAAUCUUGAUGAUCUGACCAACAUCUGGGUACAAGAGCCAACUGCCCAGAAUUUUGAUGCCUUAAUGGAGGGAUUUGAUCAUGCUUUGGGAGUUGCCACCGACAACAACCUUGCGGAUUUUUAA